UACGGUUUCGGAAGGACUACGGGUGACGUUUGCGCUCUCGCCGCCACGCCGUGAUUCCCGUUCGAACCGACCUCGACUCGCGGUGGUGGUCCACGCCGAUUCGCGUCAGUCGCGCUCCGCCCGUCAUCCCAGCAGCAUCGUCCUCGCGACUCCUCCGCGCGUUCGCCACGCACGCACGCACGCGGUGCCGGCUCACUCCUCGUCGCCGUUUCUCUUCGUUCUCACGUGCUCUCCUCAACGUCGUCUUCGGCGUUGUCGAUACGUGCGCCGCUUUAAAAAUCUUCACGCAGCCCUCGCCGUGGUUUAUGUCGGGACGAGCAUUCGUUCCCUCCGCACAAGUUGUGUCAGAACGACAGUAAGAAAACCCGGAGAUCCUGCCGGUCUCUCGCGAAUCGGAAACAAAAGUGUUAAGAUCGACAGUCAUGAACGGGAUAUCGAGUCAGUGUGCCAAGCUGAAGAUGUACGACGGCGAGGAUGAAAAAGGAAUAAUGAUCAAAAAGCCCGGGCCGCUGAGGACCGUUUCCUGGAGUGAGAACGUCGAGGAGGCCGAACUGGACAUCCCCGGGACGCCUAGAACCCCGCGCACAUCUACGACACCAGGCCAUGAAAAAUGUAUGUUCCACCACGAUCUGGAGCUGGACCAUCGGCCACCUACGCGGGAGGCGAUGUUACCAGAGAUGUCCCGUAGCUACAAGUUACUGUUGAGCUCCCUGGGCGAGGACCCGGAGCGACCGGGACUUCUGAAGACGCCGGAACGCGCCGCGAAGGCAAUGCUCUUCUUCACGAAAGGCUACGACCAGAGUCUCGAGGAUGUAAUUAACGACGCGGUAUUUGACGAAGAUCACGACGAGAUGGUGGUGGUUAAGGAUAUCGAAAUGUUCUCCAUGUGCGAGCACCACUUAGUACCGUUCUACGGCAAGGUGUCCAUCGGCUACCUUCCCUGCAAGAAGAUAUUAGGACUCAGCAAGCUCGCCAGGUAAUUAACCCUAAAGCUCUAAACGUCGAAAAGUUAA